AUGUCGAAGCCCCACCCACCGACGCUAACCAAUAAACACGUCUAUUUCUCCGGCCAGCCUCCCAGCGUCACCCACCGGGACACGCAAACUAUCUUUAUCCCAAAGGCGUCUAGCACUCGACCCAAUCAUUUGAAGACAACGUGGCAUCGCAUCUGUACCAUCGAAAGAGCGAAACAAUCAACAAGACGCGCGGCAAGGCAAACAGCCGAGUCCGAACGAGCCAAGGGCACACAGUUUUUACAUGAUUCCAGUCGACCCCAGCCACCUCCACGCCCCACGGUCUGCCGGCGAAGUUCUACUCCGCGCCACUCGUCCGUAAAUAAAAAUCAGAAGAUGAAGAAUAAAAGGGUGACCUCCCCAUCGAAUUUCACAUUUUUCUUUCAACCUCUUUGCUCUUUCUGCAACCUCUUACCCUCUCACACCGUCUCUCUUUCUCUUUCUCUUUCUCUCGCUGACAAUGUCUCUCUCAUUCUCUCUCUCUCUCUUUCUCUCUCUCUCACGCUUUCACUCUCAAGUUCUCUAUCUCUCCCUACUUUCCCACUUUCUUUCUAUAUCUAUCUAUCGCUCUUUCUCUCUCUCUCUCUUUAUCUAUCUAUCUAUAUAUCUAUCUCAAAAAGUUCAUAUCAAAAUAUCUAUCACAUUCUAUUUAUCUAUCUCAGCGUGUAUCUCACUCUGUUGCUAUCUCCCGUUCUCUUCCUCUCCCACUCUCUCACACUUUCACAUUCUGUUCAUUAUCUAUCUAUCUAUCUAUCUCAUCUAUCAUAUCUAUCUAUCUAUCUAUCUAUCUAUCUCAGUCUGUUCAUAUCUAUCUAUCUAUCUAUAUCAGUCUGUUCAUAUCUAUUCAUCUAUCUAUCUAUAUCAGUCUGUUUCAUAUAUCUAUCUAUCUAUCUAUCUAUCUAUCUAUCUAUCUAUCUAUAUCAGUCUGUUAAUUAUCUAUCUAUCUAUCUAUCUAUCUAUAUAUCUAUCUAUCUAUCUCAGUCUGUUCAUAUUCAUCUAUCUAUCUAUCUAUCUAUCUAUCUCAUAUCUAUCUGUUCCAUCUAUCUAUCUAGAUUCAUCUAUCUAUCUAUCUAUCUCAGACUGUUAAUUAUCUAUCUAUCUAUCUAUCUAUCUAUCUAUCUCAUUUUGUUCAUAUCUAUCUAUCUAUCUAUCUAUCUAUCUAUAUCAGUGAAUUCAUAUGUAUGUAUUUAUCUCUCUCUGUUCAUAUCUAUCUGUCUAUCUAUCUAUCUCAGUUUGUUCAUAUCUACAUAUCUACCUAUCUAUCUCAGCCUGCCUUCUGUUCAUAUCUAUCUAUCUAUCUAUCUAUCUAUCUAUCUACCUACCUACCUACCUCAGUCUGUUCAUAUCUAUCUAUCUAUCUAUCUAUCUAUCUACCCUACCUACCUACCUACCUCAGUCUGUUCAUAUCUGUCUCAUCAUGUCUCUCUCACUCUGUUGCUAUAUUCCUUUCUCUUCUCCCGCUCCCUCUCUGUCUCUCUACACAUCUAUCUCACAUCGCACACACUCAAACAAUCAUAUUGUUCCUGUCUUUCUCUCUCUCUCUCUCUCUUUCCCACUCUCUCUCUCUCUCUUUCCCCUCUCUCUCUCUCUCUCUCUCUCUUUCUCACUGUCUCUUUCACUCCGUCUCUUUUUUGCUCUUUCUCACUCUCUCUUUUAUUCUAUCAUGCUCUCUCUCCCACUUUCAUCUCGCUCUAUUUUGCUCGCAUUCGCUCAAUCUCUCUUGUUUGCUCUGUCGCCCUCUCACCCUCUCUUUCUUGCUCUCUAUCUUUCCCCAUAUCUCACUCCCUGACUCUUUCACAUUCUCUCCAUGUCUCUCUCCAUGUCUCUCUCUCUCUCUCUCUCUCCCUCUCUCUCUCUCCUUUUUUUGAUUAUUUGGUUCCUCGUAUUGUUUUAUUCUCCGUUUUCGGUGUUGUUUAUUUGUCCGUUCGCCAACCCCCGCCCCCUCCCGCUCUCCAGUUCCGUGAGGCAAAAACGCUGUCGCUUCUGUUCAUAUCUAUCUAUCUAUCUAUCUAUUUAUCUUAUAGUCUAUCUAUCUAUUUAUCUUAUAUCUGUUCAUAUCUAUCUAAUUCAGUCUACUCAUCCAUCUCAUCUAUCUAUCUAUCUAUCUAUCAGUAUCUAUCUAUCAGUCUGUUUACAUAUCUAUUUCAGUUUGUUCAUAUCUAUCUAUUCAUCUAUCUAUCUAUCUAUCUAUCUAUCUAUCUAUCAGUCUGUUCAUAUCUAUUUCAGUUUAUUCAUCUAUCUAUCUAUCUAUCUAUCUAUCUAUCUAUCUAUCAGUCUGUUCAUAUCUAUUUCAGUUUGCUCAUAUCUAUCUAUCUAUCUAUCUAUCUAUCUAUCAGUCUGUUCAGUUUGUUUGUAUUUAUUAUCAUCUAUCUACUUAUAUCUAUCCAUCUAUAUUAUCUACCAGUCUGUUCAUAUCUAUUUCAGUUUGCUCACAUCUAUCUAUCAUAUCUAUCUAUCUAUCUAUCUAUCUAUCUAUCUAUCUAUCUAUCAGUCUGUUCAUAUCUAUUUCAGUUUGCUCAUAUCUAUCUAUCUAUCUAUCUAUCUAUCUAUGUAUCUGUCUGUCUGUUUGUAUCUAUUUCAGUCUGCUCAUAUCUAUCUAUCAAUCUAUCUAUCCGUCUUUUCAUAUCUCUACCUAUCUAUCUUGUUAUCUAA